GCCUUCUUUCGUUUGAGACUGGAGAGUUCCGGGCACCUCUAUGGAAGGUUUCCAUAUUAUUUAUAGCAGCGGAAUCCCAGUGUUUGUCAGGGGAGAGCGACCAAUCGGUAGAGAUCACCAAUGUGGUUUAUGACACAGUGCAGUGACGAGAUAGGUUAUGUUGUGGAGUGUGUCUGAGCACAUCUCACAAGUAGGUGGCAGCACAGGGAGUGACACAACUCACUUGUUGGUGCAGCGGACUGCUCGAUUGCUGCUUGCCGUGAGUCUGGUGAAGAACAGCUUCCCUUCUGUCAGCUGGUUUGCUAUGGGAGAUAUGGCAUCCAAGAUGUCUAUGGUCAGCAAGGAAGAGGCUAUGCCAGGACGGAGCGAUACCCUGAAAGUGUCACCAAAACAUGCUGUCAACGGGAACCCGACAGUGCCUCCAUUCCCAGACAACAUGAAGAUGGCCAUGAUCGGUAUGGGAUGUUUCUGGGGAGUGGAGAAGAAGUACUGGAAGGAGAAGGGUGUCUACUCCACUCAGGUUGGCUAUGCAGCAGGCUACACCAAGAACCCAACAUACAGGGAGGUGUGUACGGGACAGACGGGGCAUUCCGAGGUCGUCAGGGUUGUGUUUGACCCAGAAAAAACAAACUUCACAAGACUUCUGCAGGUAUUUUGGGAGAACCACAAUCCGACGCAAGGCAUGCGACAGGGCAAUGACUCCGGCACUCAGUACCGAUCAGGUAUAUACUACUACGAUGAAGAACAAAAACAACUGGCAGAAAGGUCCAGGGAUGCAUAUCAAGAGCUGCUGACGAAAAUAGGCUACCCUCAGAUUACCACCGAGAUAAUACCUGUUCCUGAGUUCUACUACGCUGAGGAUUACCACCAGCAAUAUCUGCAUAAAAACCCGGGUGGAUAUUGCGGGGGCGGGGGUGUAGGUGUGUCAUGCCCAGUUGGAGUUUUUGGAAAAAACAAGAAAAAAGAUGAAUUGUAAGGCCUUGGUUGGGGCUCCCUUCCACAAAGUUAUCUUAGCGCUAUGUGUGACAACAAUUUCAGGAUUCCUAUCACCUCGAUUGAAACGGGUCAGGACUGUUCCUCAGGGAGAUGUGUUGUCCAAGUUCAGAUUUUGAAGUUGAUUCAGUCAUUGUGUUAUGAUCAUUUUGGGAACAGGGUGUGUACACAUCUCACAGAUACAAUCUUAAUCUACAAGGAGAAUCCUUAUACAGAAACAUACUUACAUCACAUGUGGCACUUUGAUACCAUCCUGAAAAGAGUUAAGUAACAAGCCUGUUUUUCACCUGUUUGAAUUGGUCAUAGCAACCUAUGCUGGUCUUGGAGGCGACUAUAUGCAUCGGGAGGUCAGGCUUGAUUGAUGGCACAUCAAUGUUCCUGGAUGGUGUGGAUUAUGGCUUGUAACAUCAAUUACUGGAUGGUAUGGUCACCAUGGUGACGACUCAAAUAUCACAGACUCUUAUUAUAUAGAUGGAAUAUUGCUGAAUGCAGUGACACACAAUAAACACACAUUUGUUUUGAGCGGUGAAAAUGUUACCUUAAGUUAUAGUUGUCUUACUAAUGAUCGAUCCCAUGACGUACGUAGUCAGUAAUUGCACUGCCAGCCAUUGCUGAAUAUGUACAUGGAUGGUUGACCAGCAUGGUAGACCUGUUAAUGUGGUAUGUCCAAAAGGUAGUACCAAUUUGAUAGGGUGAAACAAUACAUCGGUGCACUGUGAGUUUUCAUGUGACGAUACAAUACACGAUACGUUCUUCUCUGUAUUGAUACAAGAUGAUACAAUUGCUGAAAUAAAUUACUUACUACUCGUUUAAUGACCCCUGGCGUUUUUGUCAGUCAGAUAACAAAAUGUGUUGUAAUUAGCGUUUCAAGUAAACUAUUAAAAAUAGCCCUUACGAACAUGUGCCUACAGCUAGCUUUUUCUUUUGAACCUGCUCUGUAAUAUACAUUGUCAAAAAGUUUCCAUGCGAUUUGCUGUAAAUAUGCUUACCUAUCGUGACCUAUGUACCAUGAUAUGUACCAUAUUGUGACCUUACUGUAUUGUUUCACCCUACAAUUUAUUAUUACUAAAAACAAGUUAAGAACACCUUACAAUUGGAGGACUGUUUGCACCAUCCAUGCCAGUAUAUUAAAAACAACAGGUGUUCUUUUAAUUCUUUUAGUAUAUUUGACAUUUUUCUGAUUAUCCCUGCAGCAACCAUUGCGAUAGUCUAUAGUAAAUCAUUUUGACUAUCAUGUAAUGACAGAAAAAGAAAUAACAUGGAGGUUGAUAAGUUGAGAUGUUUUACAGUACAACUGUGAUAUAUGUAGAUCUGAUGUUCUUUGGCAUUGUUUGCCACUUCACUGUCUUCAUGAUGAAUACUUAAUGUAAUUUUACUCUCACCUAGUAUAACAGUUUGUUCAUAAAUUUGUAAAUAAAAUGUUUAGUGUA